AACAACUGAACCUGCCUCCUCAAGGUUGUAGGCUUGUAGCAUCAAGAUCAAGAUAGCAAACACAAACACUGCCACUGCCGGCCCCUCUCUGCCCAUGAGACCAUAGGACAUUUCUUGCUGUUGUGCUCACUUCCACCCCUUCAGGCAACCAUCCCAUCCUCCGAUCACAACUAAUAGCUGCAGACAUUACCACUGUUGACUUGCCCACACUUCUCGCCGCAGUGGCUACAAGCGACCCUCUCUUCAUUCGCCUCCCCUGUGCUUUCCGGAAGGACACAGGACAACUACCGCGCCUGUGACACUCUUAUAGUUCUCCGCCAGGGCUCAUGUGAAUCAUCGCAGCCCCGCAAUAUCGAGUUCAAGACAAAAAUUAAUACAACUCUGGUGACAUUACGGGGGAAGCAGUGGCAGGAUUGCAGGUCCCUCAGCUACGUGAAACAGCUUCGUGCUCUUAAAUAUUUGAAAGAAUAGACAGUCUAAGUGUUCUCGGUGUGUGAAAGGCUUUGAGUGUGGCAUGUGGUCAGCCAAACGCUCCCUCCCUUUGCUGGGAGGGCCAAACCCUAUAUCCCUUCAGGUGACAAGAUCUAAAUGGUGGAAGAAAAUUAUUCAUAAUGUUUAUCCAACCCUUCAAGAAAGGCUUAAAGAGCUGGACUAUAAGCAGAAGGACCCUGAGCUUUAUGCACCUGUCAACAUUGGACUACCACAGAGACGACCACAACGUCGUGAACAGCUGGAGAGCCGCUUAAACAUCUUAAAAGAAGUCAGAAAAAAUAAAUCCCUGGAGAGAGAAGCAUGGAAGGGCAACUUAAAACUUGACCUGGAUAAAGUUGAGGCUGAUUGGAUGAAUGGUGCUGGCCCUCACCAGCUCCGUGUUUUAGCUCAACACUAUGGCAUCUUUGAGCAUCUGUUUGGCAAUGCUUACUUUGUCCCGCGCGUCUUCCUCAACAUCUCCUAUGACUAUGAAGACGAUACUGUGUCAAUUGUGUACAGAGGAAACACCAUCAAGCCAAAAGAGGCUGCCAGUACACCUAACGUUCAGUUCCACAGUGAUCCAGACUCCUUAUGGACUUUAAUCCUAACGAACCCUGAUGGAAAUCUCCUGGACAAUGACCAUGAGUGUCUGCACUGGUUUGUAGGCAACAUUGUGGGAGGUGACAUAAGCUCUGGGGAGGUGGUGUGUGAUUACUUGCAGCCGUUCCCUCCAAGGGGCACUGGCUAUCACCGCAUGGUAUUUGUCCUCUACAAGCAGCACCAACACAUAGAUUUCUCCAAGUACAGAAGAGACCAGCCAUGCCUGUCCCUGAAGGAAAGAAGUUUCUCAACACUGGAGAUGUACCAGGAACAACAGGACUUCAUGACCCCAGCUGGCAUUGCAUGGUAUCAAGCUGACUGGGAUCCGUCACUUACUGAUUUCUUCCACAACACACUGAAGAUGCGAGAACCAGUGUAUGAGUACGACUUCCCCGAGCCUUACCUUGCUAAACAGAAAUACUUCCCACUCAAGAGGCAGUUCAACACGUACAUGGAUUUGCACAGAGAUCCAAAGCAAAUUAAAAAAGAAAUUUUACUAGAACGUCUAAAGAAGCUACAUCCGUUUGGCCCAGAGCAACCACCUCUACCCUUCCCGGCUGCCGAGCCCAUCCACCGCGACCUCUCCUCAUGGGAGUCCCGUGACCUCAAGCGUAAACGCAUUGGGGCAGGAAAAUAUUAUGGUCUUUUUAGAGGUUCAAAUAGGCCUGUGUAGCAAGUGAUCUUCAUGUGGGUAGUAGCAUGCUACACUCAAAAGUGUAGCUAUAUUGUACAGUGUGCAUGGAAAGUCCCGACGCCAUGUGGUUGACAGCAUUUCUUUUUGCGAGAGAUGGAGAAAGCUUACAAGGCAAGAUGUUCUGAUGCUCUUAGAAUACUAACUGUCAACUUUCCAUGCUCUCCAGGGAACAGGCAACAGUGUGCGAGUCACUGCCCAAAGUGACUACAAGCAAGGAGACGCUGGUGAGGCUACUGCCUCUGGCACACCAAACAGGCAGACCACACUCCCUUUGAAGUCUGUAUCAGCUGAGCAGCUAACUAAGACGACCUAAACACUGUUCACUGUUGCCUAUUCCAAAAAAAGCAUAGAAAGCUGACAGUUAGUGUUCUAAAAGUGUUGGAACAUCUUGCCUUCCUGGAAACUAGUUGUGAGCCACUUCUUCCAUUAAGAGGGAAAAGAAUUAUGUCCCUUGGCAUCAAGACUUUCCACAAACAAUGUAAAGUUGUACAGGUCUGCUUUGUUUGCUGAGAAAUGAGAGAAUAUGUACCAUUUUAUUUUGAUCUUUUAUAAUAAAAAUAAUAAUGAUAAAAAUAA